AUGAGGCAGGUAAAAUCAGCUUCAAAAGCAAAGUUGGUAAAGGGCAAAGCUAAACCGAAGCCUAAACCUACACUUAAAGUUAAAUAUCGAUUGAAGGAAACUCUGAAAGACAAAAUGGAAAAGCUAAAUAAACAAGAAAAGAUGAAGAUACUGACAAGUGACAGUAAGAGUAGAACAGCUAAUGAAAAAGUUGAUCUCCAAUCAAAACCUGAGAAAAAAGAAAUUCAACUCCAUACAGAAUCAAAUAGGCUCACAGCUUUGACAAAACAAGAGGAAUUUCCUAAAGUUGGUAGCCAAAUUGCGGCAGUACAGCAGAAUCCACAAAGAAUUGACAAACAAUUACAACAAAGUAAUAAUACAGCAAUCAAGAAAGAUUUGAACGAGCGGGGAAUUAUGCCUUUUGACAGCAGUUACAUCAUGAAACAAUUAGCGAAGUCGAGGCAAUCUGAAUCAAUCGAGGACAUUCCUGGGCCAAAAAUAAUGAGAGCUUGCUCGAAUAUUGUUAAUGCCCUUCCAGUAAUCGGUACGCUGUCCAUCUCAAGUCUCAUGCGGUCCUACAACCGAUUGUGCCUUAGUUACGCUCAUUUUGAUGCUACUUCUUCUCAAAAUAGGGAUGCAAUGAGUAGUGUGGACGACCAGAUGACAUGUGUUAUUGAGCAUUUCGACCUCAAAAAUCUAUUCUGGUCUGCGAGUAGAUAUCACAAUUCUCUGGAAAAAAUAAGUGAUCAAUUGGUUGAGAGAAUCACCUUCACUCGAGAUAUGCACAAUGAGGUCCCUAAAGACUUCAUUAAAGAACUGAACAAAUGGUCUCUCGAAUGCAUGAUGCAAGUAUUGUUUGCCACUGAGAUUGGCUCUCUGAAAAGUACCAGCUACUUGGGGCAUCAAGAAACCGAUAUCAUUUUGAAAUCCUUAACCGAUGCCACCGAUGCUUUGAGAAACUGUGAGUCAGGAAUACAGCUAUGGAGAGUGUAUGAAACAUCCAGCUUCACAAAACUGACACAAUCAAUAAAACAUCUUGAAAGAUUCCUUUGCAAGCAUAUACCUUUGUUGAAGCAUGAAGCGAAGCUUGAACAGAGGCUGGAAAUGCUGCAAUCCAAUCUAGAAUCCAAACAGAAUGCCUCUUCGCUAAUAAGUGGUCUGAUAUUAUCAGGUUACGUUGACGUUGAUAAACUGUUGAAGAUCUGUAUGGAGACAAUGCUGAUAGCUGUUAAUACGACUUCAACAUCACUGGGAUUCGUUCUCUACCAUAUGGCAAGAAAUCAGGAAAAACAGAAAAUACUUCACAAGGAACUAAUGUCGGUGCUGCCUGAUAAAUCAUCCAAGUUAAAUCCAGAGGUUUUGCAAGAGUUGCCCUAUUUGAACGCCGUUGUACAAGAAACUCUAAGGCUGAAACAUCCCAUUCCAUAUUCGGUCAUGAGACUUCAGAGGAGUAUAGUGCUGCAUAAAUAUUACAUUCCAGCUGGAACUUGGGUGAUGACAGCGAAUGAAGUGGCAUGCUUGAGGGAAGAGAACUUCGAGGAUGCGCAACUAUUCAAACCAGAGAGAUGGCUUGAGUCUUCACCUGAAUUGUAUCAGGACACAAUCUCACCUCUACUCGAGGCACAAUUCGAACCGUUCCUUGGUCGAGAUUGGUUGCAGAAACAGCUACUUAUUGGCACAGCUAAGGUCAUAAGAAACUUCAAUGUAAAUUACCGGUAUGGUGAAAUCGGUAAAGAAGGAGAAUUCCUAUCAAAACCUACAAAGCCAUUCCAGUUUGAAUUUUUGGAGCAACAUCUUUAGAAUUCAAUCUUUUGUAUAGUGAUCAUUGUGAAUGUCAUGUCAAUUAAAUUUCUUCGUUUCA